CCUCUUUUACUCUUCCCCUCUUCACAAACAGCUCUUGAAAGGGAGUUGUGCACCAUAGUUUCUCCCACAUUUCGCAAUUUUGCAGGAAUUAAAUCAGCAGCUCCUGUUUUUCACCCACUCUCAGGCAGGUAAUAGGGUGCAGCAAACCAACCAGUAGGACUUCCUUUAACACUUAUGACUAAAAGGCCAACUCACAUGGCAAUCAGGAUAAUUUCAUCUGAUGGCUGGCAACCAUUCCACAGUGGGAUUACUCUUAGACAUACACUAAGAAUUUUCUUUUGAAGAGAAGCCCUUGUACUCUGACCUCACCUGGCUUAUCUCUUAGGCAAAGAGGGUUUUUAAUCAGCAACACACCUGGAGACCUCUUGCAAGAGGGAAUUUACACUGGGAAGGACUAGCUUAAAAAAAGAAAGGAUUAAAUGUCCAUGGACUGAAAACACAAAGAUGGAACUAUGCUUGUUAGGAUUCACCACUACACAUUUCAACACUAAGGAUUCAGUGUCAAACAAAAGAGGAAAUACAAAAGGAUACAAAGACUAAGAAGAAGUUUAAAAAAAAUAAACAACAUUUAGGUCCAUCUCAACCAGAUCUGCCAAGAUGCCACUUAGAACAUCGCUGUACAGAAAGCCAUCCUCUGGUCGUUGGUCCAGCAGGAACUUUAAGCGCAGGGAGGUGCUGUCUGUCAACAUGAUUAGCCUACCACUGGCUGAUUUCCGCCACAUCUCACAUAUUGGUAAUGAUGCCCACAAAGACAGCUUUGGAGACCUUUCCUUCUUAAAGAUGGGCCACAGUCUGCUUCUACGAAGCUCACAGAGCGAACAGAAUCUCUUCCUGGCCAGCCCUCCACCACCAAAGCCCCCUCGUCUGAACCUGGCCGAGGGCUCAGACAGCCCUGACUUGCAUAUAGGCCACGUGCACAACACCUCCCACAGGAGAAAGAAAUGCAGCUCUAUGCCAAUGCUGGACAGUGAGGAAAAGGAAGCAGAGAUAGAAGAGGAGGACGGGUACCAAAGAGUGAAUAAUGUUGCUCCAAAUCUGGCUCCCAGCCUAGGACGGGGCAGCCUGAAUUCAGACAAGGAUGAAGACUCUACAGAGACCUGUGACAAAACUGUUGGACAGCACAGGGAGGAGGACAGUGGCUUUUCAUUCAGCUUUGACCUGGGCCCUUCAAUCCUGGAUGAUGUUCUCCGGGUGAUGGACAAACACCACAAUUAGACAGCAUAGUAGCCAGGAGUUACAUAGAGUUUACUAAAAGUUUGGAACAAUAAGAGACCCUUCUUGGGAACAUGCUCCCGAUUUUAUGAUAUUAUCAAUAUCCUAAAGCGAUGGUUAUUGUGGAAAUAAAUCUGGAGAUAUUGGAUUUUAUGAUCCUCGGGACAACAAGAAUAUAGACAAAUAACCUUUGGCGAGAACUUGCCUCACCUACGUUUUAAUGGAGGUAAUCAACUAUGAAAAGAUGGAUACACAGGAUUAAAGCUUCUGCCUUUUUGUUUAUUUCAGUAAAAGAUGUUACUUUUGGAAGCUGAUUCAGCAACUUUCUAGGAUAAGAAGCUUAUCCUUUUAUAGAGCACAAGAUAGCGUGGUCCACAGCAUGUUAAAAAAUAAAACAAUCUCAUUUGAAAGGUUAAACAAAAAACCCUAUUACACAAAGUUAACAUUCUCCCUAAAAAUCACCUUUUACAGGAGUAUAUACAAUGGAUAAGUUAAUAAUCUAACAUUGUCGGAUGUCAAACGCCAAUCUCGACAUAUGUUCAAGCUUUUUUAACGUUCUUCCUUUGCCAGUGUAAUCCCCCACACAGCACAGCACUGAAAACGUCUGUUAAGGCUUAAGAGUGUUGUGUUUAAGAAAAGAAAAGUUGCGGCUGGAAUCCAAGGUCCUCGAGCUGUGAUGUCUUGGCUCUUGGCGUGCUUGCCACUCUAUUGUGUGCAGAGGGCAAUUUUUCCUCCGCACGCAUCCCAGAGGCCCCACUCAAAAGGUAGACUGAGGUACCCCCCAUCUCUCAUUCCCAACAAUGCAAUGAAAACAAACACUUAGCUCUGCUUCCAAUAAAAGCCAGCCAGUGGUGGCAGGUUGGGCUGCAGACCAAGCCAGGCCACAGGUCUAAGACCUUAGACAAAAAAAAAAAGAA